AUGCGCCGAAUAUCGAGAGUACCCAAGCCGCUGGGCAUGUGUGCCCCCUGCGAGGCUGCACAGCCCAGCCGGCGCCUGGCCGCACAGCUGCCCCGCCAACAUCCUUCACGCCACACAGCAGCAGCAAUAUCAUCAGCAUCAGCGUCAGCACGGCCAUUGGCCAGCCGGAGUACCUUCUCCACUGCGGGAAUCCACGCAAGACCAUUCAGCCUGUCGGCCACGCGGCUCCAGACGACAGGGGAAGCUCCGACGGAAGAUGCGGUGGCCGUGGCUGCGGCUGAGGACGUCGAGCUGGCGGCAACAGUGACUCCGGUGGUGCCAGUGUUGGCCGUGCCGGGUCCAGUCGAGACAGCACCACGGCCAGGAAACGUGGGCGAUGCGACAUACGUACCGGCCGAGUCGGGCGAGGGGCUGGAAGAGGUCGGCGGUUUGGACGGUUGGUGGGAGGACGGCCGGCACUGGGACCCCGCGCUUGAGUUCCGCGGCUUCGGACCUGCCCAACGGGUCACAGACUCUGCCGCUCUUGAGGUUCUGGCGCGUCAGGCUGUCCUAGAGGCGCUGGCGGUUUGCAGCAGCAGCAGCAGCAGUGACGUGAGCCUGACGGGAGCCUGGCACCGCGGAGGCUCUGCUGCACGGCAGGCGGCCCUCAGCCUCGACGUGGAUGUUGCUGAGGACGGCAGUGUCCAGGGGCUGCGUGGCGAUGUGGCUGGCGUGGUGGCUGGUUUGAGCCCGGCAGAUGUCGAGCUUGAGGACGGGGCCACGACGACGGCCCUGGACGCUGACGAGGCCCGCGAACUGGUCGGCUCCUGGGAUGCCAGCUGGAAGCAGGUGUCCCUCGAGGAUGCGGCGCUGAAGUUUGCGAUUACGAAGCGCAUCCUACAGCUCACCGGUCACCUGCUGGCGGACGCACAUCUUGUUUCCGCCAAUACGGUCAGCGGACUGCUAAACGUGCUCGUGAGGCCGCCUAAGCCCAAGAAGCUGGCAGAGGAGCUGAAGGCGGACGGCACGCUCACUGAGCUGCCAAAUGUGGCUGUCUACGGCCGGCGCGUGACGCCCAUCGACAAGCACAAGAUGGUCGGUCGGUGGAAGGUGAUCGUGCAGGAGCUGGAAAAGAGAGACUUGCCGGUCACAGGCACGGGCAAGUACGACAAGUCCGUGGAACGGAAAUGGGUGUACCGGUGA